UUAAGAUCGUUGCCACUGCUACUGCCGCCGCUGCCACCGCCGCUGCCGCCGCCGCUGCUGUUGCUGCGGCUGCUCCUGUGCCGCCACGCCACACUGAGACACACGAGACGAGGUUGUCUGACGCACCACUGGCUCGCGGACGCGCACGAACGGGCACCGAUCGCGACGACGUUGAGCGGGCGCUCGAGCACGCGGCUUCCACGACGGGUAACGCGCGACGUUCCCGCAGCACACACGAGAAUCGUACAACGUCCUAACCGCGGGAACACCGCAUCGCUUUCACGGGCGAACAUGGAGCUGGAUCCAUGCCGAAAUAGUUGGCGUAAUCGGCCGCGAGGCGGCGCGCGAGAGGGGCGCCAAUGUCGUGGCGGUAGAGCGCUUCAGCGCGGGAGAGAGAAGGAAGGAAAGAUAGCACACGCGCGCGCGCGUAGUCGCGUACCGAAAUACGGCCUUCGGGGCCGCGCCGUCCGACACUCCGAUCGCCGUCGACCACCGCCGACGUCCGUCACCAGGCCUGCCAACGCGAUAUCACGCCGCUUGACAACAGCGGAUGCCUCCGACUCGCGUCAGAUGCCGCCUCCGCCCAGCGCACACACGCCGCGCCAGUCGCCACUUGGCCCCGUGGAUUGCACUCUCGAUAUCAACAUAAUCUAGGCAAUCGGAUUUCGAGUGACAAGUUUAAUCACAAAGUCAAAAAAAGCGACAACUGACGACUUAGAGGGAAAGAACGUUUCGUCUAAAAGCGGAUGAUUUAGAAUGAAUCAUGAGCUACGUAAACGGGAAAUCGACUCGACAUGACGUAGUUGACUUGGCACAUGCUCCUCUAAGAUUUCUGUCAAGAUCAUUGAGCGAUUUUGCGAUGAUACAUUCAUAUCCGCAAAGUCAAGCGGAAUUCGUGAGCAAUCUAAACCGGACGUUCAUAAACUGAAUGUGCGCUAAAUUGCAGUAUAAAUUGCUCGCUAGAGUAAUUUGAAUCGAACAGUCGUGCCGGAAGAUUAAAAGAAUGCAAUUUGCAGCGCAAUUAACUUCUAAAGAACGCGUCGC